UGAUAGCCCCUCCUUUCAGAUCCCUGCUCCUUCCUCCUCCUCUUCCUCCUCCGGUCGGUCGGUCGGCUACAUUCCCUGCUACCUUUCACCCCGAGAAACCUCAGUUCGAUACCGACGCAGUGCGGACAAAUCCCGGAAUAAAAUGGCAUCAGGUGUGACAGUGAAUGAUGAAGUCAUCAGGGUUUUCAACGACAUGAAGGUGAGAAAGUCUUCAACUCAGGAAGAAGUGAGGAAGAGGAAGAAGGCGGUGCUGUUCUGUCUGAGCGAGGACAGAAAGAAGAUCAUUGUGGAAGAAGGGAAGCAGAUCCUCGUGGGAGACAUCGGGGAAACAGUGGAUGACCCUUACGGCUGCUUUGUCAAGCUCCUCCCCCCCAAUGACUGUAGAUAUGCCCUGUACGACGCCACCUACGAAACCAAGGAGUCAAAGAAGGAGGACCUGGUCUUCAUCUUCUGGGCCCCAGAGAGUGCUCCGCUGAAGAGCAAGAUGAUCUACGCCAGCUCUAAAGAUGCCAUCAAAAAGAAGUUUACAGGUAUCAAGCACGAGUGGCAGGUUAAUGGCCUGGACGAUAUUCAGGACCGCCGGACGCUGGCUGAAAAGCUGGGCGGAAACGUGGUGGUGUCUCUGGAGGGCAAGCCGCUGUGAUGCUGCAGCGGUGAGCCGAGCGGAGUCAAGCCAACCGCCGUGCCAUCAGGACCGAAGCAACCAACCCCACCUGAACACCGUCACUUCACCCAGAAGCUUGCUCUGUCUAUAUCCAUGUCCUGAAGGUGUUGGUGUCUUUAGGCUUCUUGUUUUAUUUUUGUCUUGGUUCUUACUGCUUUCUUUUUUCCUAAACAUGAAGAAGAUCUCAUUAACAUAAUGAUAUGCAAACACCUCCCAGUUUGUUGUCAUGUGACUUUUGCUCACAUGGCAGAAACAAAACAACACUACCAAACCCCAGGAAGGUUCUCUCUCUCCUUCUCUCUCACACAGCCAGAGUUUUGCCAAAAAGUUGAUAUGAAGGAAGCAGCCACUGUUGUGGAACAAGAGCGCCACAAAGCACUGCCUCCUGCUGUACACGGGUUGCACUCAUGAAGCUUUUUACAUGAAUAUUUAUUAUUGUAAUCUUUUGUUUCCUUUCCAUUUUAUUCAACCGGGCAGACACAUUGUGUUAGUCUAUGCAUAAAAUUUUUGUCCAGCACUUUUCCUUUAAACACUACAGGUUGAAACUGAAGUUCCUGACGUUAAAUUCCUUUUUUGUUUCCAAGUGAAGAUUUGUUUACCUCAGUUUUCAUUCUUGUUUGGCUGACCAUCAUUAGCUGUCUGCUUGUCGCCUUAUUUCAGUUUGAAUGUAACAGUCACACCAGAGUUGGAGUGCACUUUUGUUUUGUAAAGAAAGCACUAGAGGAAGCAGGUUUGACCCCCUCCCUCCCUCCUCCCUAGCAGUGAGAGAUGACUCCCACAUCAUCAUCAUCAUCAUCAUCUGGAGCCUUAAAGUGAAACAUUGUUUCUGAGAUCACAGGAAGCCACUUUGCAAUAAAAGCCUGUGGCAGACAA